CGUCAUUGCACCCCUCUUUCAGAAGAAAGGGGGGUGCACCUGCACCCUUGCACCCCCCCUGGCUAUGGGCCAAACACCCUGGCACUUAAUAGCCUAGACCUACUGGUACAAGUAAAUUUGUAUACAAUACAAUAACAAUAAGCCGGUAAAUCUUGUACCAGUCCUAAUCUUGCAACAGUUUGACCAAAGACUGUUGUAAAUGCCUUACUCAAAAAACUGCUUUCAGACCCGUAUCAAUCCAGGUACAACUCUUCACUAUAAAUGUCAAACACAGACACAAUCUUGUCAACUAUUAAACCCAUACACACUACUGUCUCCUCUGAAUUCUUUUAGCACAUCUAUGCUGACCAGCCUGGGAUAUAUCCAAUUCACAGGAAGUGUUGCUUCUCACCCUAACAUGGUCAAGAAUGGGGUCUGGCCCGUGAUAUUAUGCACGGUUGUGUUCUAAGCCAAAUAGGCAGCUUUUACAUCAGAUAAGCACUUGCAAAUCUUGUGAAUACAUCUUGCACUGUCAACAAAUAAUGUUUUUUCUCACUGUUUCUGGAUUUGAUGCUUCUUUCUUUGGUUAAACAUGUUGACCACUUCUUCCUUCAAUUUUUCAACUUGAUUCAAUAUCUUGUUUUCAUCUAUCUUGAAGCUUUCAUCAAUAAAUAUCUUUUUACCCUCUUCAUCAUUAUCUUCUUCCACUUCCAGUUCCCUACUUUCCCAUGGUGCUUCUUUGAGCCAAGUUUCUUUAUCAAUGUAUAAGCUGUGGGUUUUCCCUAGUCUCUGACCUGUACAUAUUUAUAUUUUUUCCUCCCUGUGGUUUUCCACAUAGAUAGCUUGUACCUCGACAGACAAAUUGUAGGCUGUCUCCAGAAGUACCAAUUUUCGGCUUGAGUCUUGUUCUUCUGGUAGCAUGGAUUCUACAAAACCUUCGCCUUUCCAAUCUCCUUCUAUUGUGAUUUUCACUAAUUUGGCACUUCCUGGGGAAUAAAUACUUUUUCCCCUGACCACAGUUAUCACUCUGUUAUUUCCUAUCUGUAAUUAACAUUUGUAGGUUUCGUAACGGUUUUCUCUGCUUUAUAGCAUGCAGGGAUUAUCUGCAAGUACUUUUUUCGUCUUAUAGAUCCUCUUCUCUUUAUGCAUAAAUGGGAAGAGGGAUCCUGUCACACCACAUAACCCAGUUAGUCUUUCUUGACUUCCUUUUCCGGUUAUUAAUUAUGCUUCUUGCUUUGCACAGGAAAAAUUCACUUCUGCAUUUUUACUCCUUUUACACAUUUUUUUAACUUUGCAGUAUUUGCUGUGCGUCUAUGUUUUGAGGGUUCAUCAUGUUCAGUUCUGUCUCUUACUUGUCCUCACUAGGUAGACUAAGGUGCAAUGAUUCAACAUUAUCCAGUGUUGCUGUUGCUACUUCUUCUGAUGCAAUAUCUUCUCCUACUGUUUCUCUCCUUACUCCACUAAACAGAUGCUUACUUAGUUCUUCUUUCAUGGAGACUUUGGCAUUAUCCUACUGCUGCCACCAAUUUGGUAGUAAAUGCCUUACUCAUAAAACUGCUUUCAGACCUGUAUCAAUCCAAGUACAACUCUUCACUAUCAAUGUCAAACACGACCACGAUCUUGUAAACUACCAAUGCCAAACAUGGGCACAAUCUCUUCAGCUAUUAAUGUCUACACAGACACAAGCUUGUAAACUAUCAAUGUCAAACACGGACACAAUCUCAUAAACUAUCAAUGCCAAACACAGGCAUGAUCUCUGAAGUUAUCAAUGCCAAACACAGACACAAUCUUGUAAACUGUCAAUGCCAAACACGAGCACAAUCUCAUCAGCUUUCAAUGUCAACAUGGAAACAAGCUUGUAAACUAUCAAUGUCAAAUAUGGACAUGAUAUCAUCAAUUCAUUCACUAAAUAAGGAACAAUUACUUCUCUCACUGCAAUCUAAGUGGAGUUUAUUCCAACUGAAAACUACUUAGAUAUCUAUGUUACAGGUUAAUUUAAUAUAAUUUGCACAUAUAUAUAUGUAACCGUAGUUAAGCUAAUCACUAUACCUAGCUAGGCUAAUCGCAUUAUGAGUUUUGCGUAGUUAAGGAUAAACGCAUUUAGAUUUACAGACAAUGUAAACGUAAUUUAUCUGAGUAUGUUUAAAUGUAUGACUAUGGGAUUUGGUAAGGUAUUUUUUACAAGACCACUGCAUGGUCUGUUAAAUAAUGACAUUUAUGAUUACAAGUUUAGGCUGUACCAUCUUUUUUGCAGGGUACUUUAUACACUAUUACCCGAGUACUAAAGGAGCUUUAACUAUGCUUCUUACAACAUCAAUGGGUUGUCUUAGUGGUGUCUUGCCUUUUCUCCUCGGUUAUAUCAAGAGACUGUUUUGAAGAGCCAGAGAGACCAAGGAAAAUGCUUAUUCUUCUUCUCUAUAGCUUCAUUAUUUUAGGAUUGUUUCUACAAGCGAUAUGGAUGCUGAUUUUGUUUAAUUUAUAUUGGUUUUCAAUACUUACGACACUGAUGCUAAUUGGUAUUCUAAUAUUUACAACCACUGGAUUGCUCGCCUUUGGGAUGAUAACAGCUGGUUUUAUAAAGCAAAUGGAGAACCUUGAAACUGAAGUUGGGGAUGAACUAGCCAGGGGAAGGAAAUGUUUAGAAAAGUUCCGAAGGUUAAAGAAAGGUUUAAGUCCAUACCUCUUUGCUGAGUUCUCUUUUAACACCUUUGCUAUGGUUGUUCUUUUAUUCAUGGUGGUAGGUGUUUUUAAAUCUAAGUUAAUCUGGCCUAAUCUACUGAUAUUGGGACUGAACACGAUGUUUUCUGGAGUGCAAAUGCUCUAUAUUGGUGUGAUGGCAGAAGAGACUAAAUCAAAGUUUGGAAAUAUCUUGCCCUUUCUCAGAUCUGCUUGUUGUAAACAACCUGAAAAACAGAUGGAAUACUUACUUCUUAUUCAGGAAAUUCAACUUGAGGAAACCUUCUCUGGAUGUGGGUUCUUUAUGAUUGAGAAAUCUACUUUGUUAUCUGCACUUGGUACUAUUGUAACGUACUCAGUAGUACUCAUUACUUCAGAUAUAUAGAGUAAACUUUGUUAUCUGCACUUGGUACUAUUGUAACAUACUCAGUAGUACUCAUUACUUCAGAUAUAUAGAGUAAACUUUAUUAUCGGCACUUAGUACUAUUGUAACAUACUCAGUAGUACUCGUUACUUCAGAUAUAUAGAGUAAACUUUAUUAUCUGCACUUGGUACUAUUGUAACAUACUCAUGAGUACUUGUUACUUCAGAUAUAUAGUGUAAACUUUGUUAUCUGUUUAUAGUGUUACUGUUUAGUACUAUUGUAACAUACUCAGUAGUACUCUUUACUUCAGUAUUAAGUACACUUUGAUAUAUUACACUAUGUACAUUGUAAACUAAUUAAUUGAAUUAGUGAAAACUAAGUUUUGAAUCUACUUUUCCUAUCUCUAAAUGUAUUCUGUCUUUAAGUCUUAGAAUUCCAUUGACAAAAUUGUCAUAUAUACAAUGCUCAGUUGCCUUCUUUACAAAAUGAAACUGUU